AUGAACUAUUCGGUCGACGUGUGGUCGGCUGCCGGAUUGCCUCGGGAGGAUGUGCCAGAGGUCGACGACGACCCAGGGGAUUUGCCGCAGCAGCCCCGGCCUCCUGUUUCUCAACUUCUCCAACAGUUUGACCUGUUGGCAUUGUUGGCGUCGCCGCGCCAAGCAACCCCUCCUGUCCAAGCUCCCGUCGCCGUUCGCGCACGCUUUUCGUUCAUUGAGAACCGAUACGGCACCCGAAGCACCCUUCCGAAAAGAGCAUCCAAACAAACCGUGGACCGCCUCGCCAAUCCCAUCCACGGAUUCACGUCAACACUUAACGCUCUCCCGCCCGACGUCAGGAAGCGGCGGCAGCAGGGCGAAUUGAGUUUGGCCACUACUCAUCCAGGAAGAUCCUUGAAUCAACCACCCGACCGGAAAGCUGUCCCCAAGAAGCACCAAGUGAGCGUCGUCGACCGCCUCAGUAAGCCGACCUUUGUUCGCCCCAAGCUCAAACUGCGGCCGAAUCCAAAUGGUGUUGUGCUUCCACCGCUUCUGAAGUCCAAAGGAAAGACUUCGAAUCCAACUGCAAAAGCCAACAGCUCUCGCAUCAUCACGAACCAAUCGUCUGAUAAACCCUCUCGACCAGCAAAGGCGAAGCAAUCGACUCUGCCCGCGGCCAUGUCGGCACACUGCAAAAACGACAGUGGCGGCGGGUUCUUCCUCACGCAAAUGGACGAGAUCAAGCUCUGUACGCCAGCCACGCAACCAGGCAUUGCAUGUCUCAUCUUCUUGUUCUUUAGCGCGGCCAGUCAAGAUGACAAAACCCGUCAAAGGGUCGUCUGGUAA